UAGAAGUUGAAGCUCACUGCUCUUAGAACUGACAUCUCCCAGAAUUUAUCUGAGCAGUUUAACUGAGCCAUCACCAAGAAAAUGACUUGCCAGACCUACAGCUUGUUUGCUCUGUCUGUCAUCAUGAUUUAUUUUGGACGUUUUGGAAAUAGCUCAAUUCUUGCUCACCUCCAAAAUGAUAUAGACCAACUGAAAGCUGACUUUAACUCAAGCCAUUCAGAUGUAGCUGACGGUGGACCUAUUUUUACAGAGAAACUGAUAAACUGGACAGAGAGAAAUGAAAAAAGAAUCAUCCUGAGCCAGAUUGUUUCCAUGUACUUGGAAAUGCUUGAAAACGCUGACAAGUCAAAGGCGCACAUCAGGCAUAUAUCUGAGGAACUCUAUACUCUGAAAAACAGCCUUCCUGAUGGCUUGAAGAAGCUGAAAGACCUCAAGGACCUGGCAAAGCUUCAGAUGAGUGACUUGAAAAUUCAACGUAAAGCUGUGCAUGAGCUGUUCAGUGUCCUGCAGAAACUCGUGGAGACUCCAACUUCUCUCAAAAGGAAAAGGAGCCAGUCUCAGAGGAGGUGCAAAUGCUAAUGACAUUAUAUGGCAUUUUGUACAGAGUUAUUGUGCAAAUAUCGUUAUGAUGCACGUUUUUUAUUUCAAUCUUUUAACAGAAUUUUUAUACAUUUAUUUAUUAAUAUUUAAGUAUUUUAAAUAAUUAUUUAUAAUGGAAUACCAAAGUAUUUAUACCUCCUACUACUGUCUAAGAAAUGACUUUGUCUUAAAAUUCUGUCUACCUGUUAUAUGUUUGUUGACCUGAAAAUACAGAAUGGGGCAAUGUUUACUCAAUUUCCAUCUGGAAAUCCUGAAAUGACAUGGUACGGUACCCAGCUUUCCAUCUGGUGCUGUCUUGAGAGAGGGAUGUUAUAAAAAUUAGUCUCAUCAUUCAUUCAUUCAUUUGUCAUGAAGAUGCAAGCACCAAUAUGGGGAAGUUUCUGUACUCAUGAAAAUAUACUCAUAUCUGCUUACUUCUAAGCAUAUCUAAAUUCAAAUCAAGCAAGUAGACAUGCUUAAAGGCAAGCAAAUGCUCAUGCACUUUUCUGAACAAACUAGGGGAUUGAUGAUUAGUUGGUGACAACUAUGCAUUGAAGUUCCCAAGAGGCCAGGCUAGUUAGCAGCUCCAGGAAAUGUGACUAAUUCUAUUGCACUUACUUAACUACAACUCACUGAUUUUGAGAAGUUCUGUAUUCUUUUGUACUGAAUUGUUUAAAUGUGUCUGAUGUCAUUUUAUUUAUUUGGAGGUAGUAGUAUGGAAGUUUUUAUCUCAAGGACUAUAUUUUUGUACUAGAAUAUUAUUUAAACCGUCUAAUUUCUCAAUGGAAAAUUUUUGAUCUUUGGAUAUUAAAUAAAAAAUAAAUA